UUUUUCGGCGAACAUACUGUACAGUAUCAUGGAAAAACUGAAGCUACGUACUCCACUAAAGGAGAUUGAUGUUCAGGACAAGCGGUCACACGCGACGGUGCACGAACGUCUCGUCCGCCGCCGACGAAGGUGAAAUAUGUAAGGCAUACUGUAGGGGGAUGUGCAGGGGUAAAAGCUGCGAGAGCGAAUAUCCCAGUGGUGGAUAAGCAGCUUGCCCACCGGCAAUCACCAAGAACAUAGCCUGUUACCUGUAAGCAAACCGACCGCCACCGAGAGUUUAUUGCCGAGAAGUUUAUGCAUAUAUAAGGUACUCGUCGUCCAGUCCGGAAAACGUCGCAGAAAUUCACCACUAUGCCUUCCAUUCGAGUCACCAUUAUCGACAACACUGACCGUCGCAAACGCACGGUGCUCUUGCUUCAGUCUAGCGGAAGUAGCACGGCGCUGGCAACACAGCUCCAUCAUGGCGCAAAAACAAAGUUGCGUAUAAAAAACCCUGACCGGCUGAUUGUCCUGCACACCGGCGCGGAACUGACUGACGAGGACGGAAUCGCCGGAUACCUCCGGACGGACAAUAAGCGUGAAAAGGAGAUUGUUGUGUGCGGGAAAGGGCAGCAGUUUGUUGGGCAGACGAGUACGGCCGGGGAGACGGAUGAGAGGACUAGACCGAACGUGAGCGUUAUUGCGGAACACUCUGCGGUGGAGAAUGAUGCCAUCAAGCAGCUGUACCUGACGGUGGAACGAUGUCCUUAUAUCAACAUGGCUGUGGGCAUGCCAGACCUCCAUCUAGGCAACAGUUCCCCCGUCGGCUGCGUCUUCAUCACAUCUACCGAAGCGAUCUACCCCAAAUUGAUCGGCUCUGACAUCGGCUGCGGAAUGAGCCUCUUUAAACUUCCAUCUCUCUUAUCGACCUCAAAACGUAUAGAAACGCCCAGCUUACUCGCAAAACAACUCAUCAACAUCGACGGGCCGAUGGAGAACCCACCAAAUCUGUUCGAAGACUCUGCCGCGCAUUCACAGACACUUGGGACGAUUGGCAAAGGCAACCACUUCGCAGAGUUUCUCGUCGUGGACGAGAUCCUUGACACCGAUCACGCCACUCGAAUGCAGAUAUCCUCAUCGGUAGCCUACCUCCUAAUCCACUCCGGAUCGCGAAGCUACGGGAAAGCUAUUCUAGAAGCCGCGCCUCCCGUCCUGAAUUCCGCCACCGAUCCGCAACAGUUCAACGAGUAUAUUCGCCAACACGAUCAAGCUUGUACAUGGGCCCAGCGGAAUCGGGAGCUCAUUGCAACGCGACUGUUGGACCCGUUAGGUCUUGCCGAUACGGUCGAAAAGCUGGUGGAUAUUUUUCAUAACUCGGUUACGAGCGCGGAGAUGGCGGCAGAGAGGGGGUGGGUGCAUCGGAAGGGUGCAGCUCCUGCGGUCCCAGGUCAGCCGGUGGUGAUACCAGGCAGUCGAGGCGCGUACAGUUAUGUGGUCAUGCCGAAAGAUCUCGACCAUACUCCAAACGGUACGUCGCAACCCAGAUUGCCAAGAAUCCUCACCUGCUUGAUUGCUGCCAGAUAUAACUCACUUCCUUCAUAUACAGGCUUUUCGCUCGCCCAUGGAGCCGGCCGAGCCGUCGCGCGCACUCAAUCACACCACAAAAUCAACCCGAAAUCCGACCUCACCACCACGAAACUUGGCAGCACCGUCAUCUGCAUGGACAAAACGCUUCUGUUGGAGGAAGCGCCAGAGUGUUACAAAGACAUCGACGCCGUCAUUGAGGACUUGCGCCCGUAUGUAGACGUGGUAGCGAGAUUAAGACCUAUUGUGACGUACAAGACCAUGGAGCGUUAGAUACAUAGAUUUCGGGAGCGCAGUUGUCCUUCAGAAAGCGACGGAGGUGCAGGCACGCCCAGAGCGCUCUGCCAUGUACAAUGAAACUAAGGAGUAUCGCUCUAGGAAAAAUGCAUAUGCCAAUCGAGUCCAAAGGCGUUCACUGUAUUCGUCGGAACUGUUGGUCCUAAAGCGAUUGUUUUGGCCAUACUCGCACGCGAUUGGUCCCGUAUUGUCACGGCCAGAGCAGAAUCGUCGAAUUGCCAAGUCCUAUUAGCGUGU